AUGGUGGGGUACAGGUCUGAGCACCUCAUCACAGCUGGGCUCAGGGAAUACAUACAGUGCCUGGAGGUCCGUGACUCCCUGAGCAUCCGGUGUGCAGGUGACAGUACCGGCAGAGGGGUCGGGGUGGGGGUCACCCAGGGUGACACUAGUAGAGUUCUCCCAGUGGGGUCUGAGCCGCAGCGGUGCUGGGCUGUCUUCAUGACAGCGCUCAGGCGGUGCCGAUGGGCUCAGGGGGGACGCAAGGCCCCGCAGGGGCAGCCCAGCCAGCGCUCCCAUGCUGGGCAUUGGCGGUUCGCGCCCCACCUGAGGUUGCCAAGCCAGCACUGUCCCCCUCCCACAGUAGAUGAGCGGGACGCGGCGGUGCAUACCACCCAAUGUGUCCACCACCACCCCCUAUAUAAGGCGGCCAUUUCAUCCUCCGCUGCAGUGGCGCCUCUCACCUCACCUCGCCUUCCACCGCCUCUCGCCAUGACAGAUGCGGCCCUGUCCUUCACUAAGGAUUUCCUCACCGGUGGGGUGAAGCACGCCAGCAAGCAGUUCUCACCCAAUAUGCACUAAAAGGGCACCGUCAAUUGCAUGGUGUGCAUCCCCUGGGAGCAGGGCAUCCUCUCCUUCUGGUGUGGCAACCUGGCCAGUGUGAUCGGGAACUUCCCCAGCCAGGCCCUCAACUUUGCCUUCAGGGAUAAGUACAAGCAGAUCUUCCUGGAUGAUGUGGACAAGCAAAUCCAGUUCUGGCGGUACUUUGCUGGUGACCUGGUGUCCGGGGGUGCUGCCGGUGCUACCUCCCUCUGCAUCAUCUGCUCACUUGACUUUGCCUCAACCCACCUGGGAGCAGAUGUGGGCAAAGCCAAGGCUGACCAGGAGUUCAGUGGGCUCAGCGACUGCUUGCUCAAUGUCUUGGUCGAUGGCCUCAAGGGCCUGUACCAGGGCUUCAGUGUCUCUCUCCAGGGUAUCAUCAUCUACAGAGCUGCCUACUUUGGCAUCUAUGACACUGCGAAGGGCAUGCUCCCAGACCCAAGGAACACCCCCAUCAUUGUCAACUGGAUGAUCGCUCAGACCGUCACUGCUGUCACUGGUUUCACAUCAUGCCCUUUUGAGACUGUCCGUCGUUGCACGAUGAUGCAGUCUGGUUGGAAAGGAGCUGACAUUAUGUACAUGGGCACCCUUGACUGCUGGUGGAAGAUUGCCCAGGACGAGGGCUCCAAGGUUUUCAAAGGUGCAUGGUCAACUGUACUUCGAGGAAUGGGUGGUGCUUUUGUCUUGGUCCUCUGUGAUGAAAUCAAGAAGUACACAUAAGUUGCUUUCUGUUGUGAACUGGCAUGUUGUUACAUAUAGUCCACGACCGUUCAUGGACUUGUUUGAAAACCAUCUAGUUACUAAACAGCAACAGCUGAUGUUUAUACAGGUUGGCAUGGGGCAGGAGCAACUGCCUGCCCUGCCUUUAUCAAAUUGUUCUCCCUGAUGGGACUCACCAUGGUUUCUAUUUCAGUCACUCCUGCUUAAAGAGUACAAAGAAAUAAAAAUCUGAAACCA